AUGUUUAGUGUUCCUGUCAAUGUCAAUACAAUUUAUAUACCGAUGAUUCAAACUGGAUGUUUUAAAGCAGAAUAUGAUUCAGCAUAUCCAAUUCAUCUAAAUGGUAUAAUAAGUCAACAUGAAUUUCUAGAAUCAAUUAAUAAAAUAAAUCAAACAUUUUUUUCAUAUAAAAAUCUUUUAAUUGCUUGUUCAAUUGUUUUGUCUUUGACAAUAAUAUUUGGAACAGCAAGUUUUACUGUCGGUGGAAUAAUGGCAGCUAGAUCUUUGACAAUUUUUUAUAUAUUACUUGGUCUUGGAAUAUUGUUGACUACAAUUGGACCAUUAUUUUUUACUAUUGGAUUUUGUCUUAUAUAUACAAAACGUACAGCACGAUUACGACAAGCCAUUGCUGAAGAAUCAAUGAAAUAUUCAUCGAGAUCACCAACACCAUGUAGCUGGAGAUUAGAGACUCCGAGAACUUGGUUUGGAGGAUAUUCAUAUUAUAAUAAUUAUCAAAUGUUUUAUCAACUAGCAAUAGAUAUUGGUUGUUCUGUUCCGCAAGAAAAUAUGAAUCGAAUGCAUGGUUCAACUAGAGUAGCUCCGGAAUCAACAUCUUUUUUUCGACAAGAAGAUAAUUAUGCACCUCCACCAUAUUCUACUCAAACAGCAACAUUUUGUUCACAAUGUGGUCUAGCAAGACAAGAUAUUACAGCGAAAUUUUGUUCAUCGUGCGGUCAUUCAUUCAAUCAAUAUUAA